GUGUUUGGGAAACAUUGCUGGUAAGAAGCACAUGUCCAUUAAGAUGUAUGUUUAAUCUCUUAAAGUUUGCCCAACGUGACAUCUUAAUCCUUUGGUCACCUGCUCUGGGUGUGAUUUUUAUAUACAGGCUUUAUACCAGUCAUACUACAGAAAUGUGGAUUUGGGUAUUGAAACUUCUUAAUUACACUCAAUAUCUUACAUAAUUCCUGUGAUACCUUUUCCAAUAGCCUGUAUUUAUAGUGAAUUUAGGGCAGAUUCCAAAAUGUUUAAAUUAAGAUAAUGUACAAGUUGUAAAUAUUUUUCUCAGUGGUGGUAAGCCUGGUUGAAGGAACAUGGAGGAUGCUUCUGGGCAAUUUUGGACCUUUUGUCAGUAAUCCAGGGAUUGUAUACUAUUUAACUGGUGGGAAUGCAUUCAUUGACCGCUAUUAAGAAAACAAGUUUGUCAGGUCAGAUUAUUACUUUUUAUUUUAGCAUUUUUAAGAGGAAAUUAAAUCAUAUGAAGAAGAGUGAUGAGUGGGUUAAGGCUAAUGGCAGUGAGGGAAAAUCUCACUCCAGAGACAUUAAGAAAAAACCUUGAGGAGUAAUGUCUUAAAGGGGGAAGCGCUUGAGGGGAAAGCAGGAUUGAAAACAGAUUUGAGUGAUAUUUAGGAAAGUUCUAUGAGACAUCUAAAAUUCAUUGUUUGACAAAAGAGUAAUUUAUUGGCUUUAUUGCACAGAAUAGCAAUAGGUAUUAGAAAUGCAUGGCAGGAUAAGAGUUAAUGAGAUGGAAAAUGGUAAUAUACUAAAUAUCUUAUACAUGUUUCUGAAGCAUUUUGGUAAGGCCUUUAACAUGAGCAUUAAUUAAACUAAGAUAAAUAAUUUAUUUAUAACAUACUCUAGGACAUAAAACCUUUGUUGACUUGCACAUUAAUGUUUUAAUGGUUUUUAAAUAAGUUAUAAGGCUGAUUAUAUGAUUACUGAAAUUGAUAUGGCUGAUUGCAUCAGUGCUGACACAGAUCUUUGAUGUUUCCAUGGUUUAAAUCAAAGACAAAGUGGUGGGUAUAGGCUGUGUCAUGGCUUUUCCAUUGUAAGGAGUUUAUUUACAGGUAAUUCAAUCCAUCCAUGUCCUAUUAUUUAGGUGUGCCAAGAGCUCUUUGUUUUUGUAGUGAUGCAACUUGAAAGACGCGAGUUUGAAAAGCUUGGAGGUUCUAAGCAGAAUCUGUGGACACUACAUGGUCUACUUCGUUGUAAGCUUUAAAGUUUUGUGUUUUUUGUAAGUGACACAACCUUUCAGAUGAUGUACGCAUUAAUUAAACAGUGUGUGUAUGCCUUUAGGUGUAACUGAAACGUUCAUGGAGUCACGCAGUGUUUGGGAUGAGAACUAGUCAAUGUUAUCAGCUGCAAAAGAGAUCACCUUUACACAGACUGCUUGUCUUAAUGCUCAGAAGCAUCCUGUUGGAAAUGUACUCCUGCUACUUUAUUCCCUUGCCCUUGUGAACACUUUUACAUAGACUGCAAUGGUAAAUGAAUGCAGUAAAGAACAGAGUGGUCUGACUGACGAUUGUGAGAAAUCCACUCUUUGGAACCACCUGGAUUGAGUCAUUUUAUUCUUCACCAUGAACACAUGAAGUUUUUUCCUAUAGAAAAGAGCAGCAUUCCUGCCUUUCUGCUUUAGUUACUCCAUUUCAACUGAGAUAUUUAUUUAGAUGCCAGCUUUAUCUGAGCUCAAAGGAUGGAAGAGACUACGAGUGACCAAUAUAUUGCAAAUGCUAAAUAAGGGGUCUUCUUACUGAUGCUGAUUCAGGGGUCAAAAUGUUCAGGAUCACCUCUUUUUUUCCCCCUCCUCAUGUCUCUGGUGGCGGGUUCUAAGGUGUGUCCUCAUAACUACCCGUGUUAUGACAACUCAGAUAUUGUGGACUGUCGUGCCCGUGGUUUCACACAUGUACCACAUGGAAUUCCUCAUGGUACCUGGCUCCUGGAUCUUAGUGGGAAUAAACUGUUUGAGCUGCAGAGCACUUGUUUAUAUAAUGUCUAUUAUAUGAAAUUGUAUUAUAUUAAAGUUUAAUAUAAGUUAUUAUAUGAAACAUCUCUUCUCUAACUGUUGCAGGCUCUGUUAUUUUUGUCUUUUCUGGAGAAAUUGGACCUAGAUCACGAGCUUUGCUCCCUUGCCGAAGACUUCUCUCGUGGUUUGACCUCGCUCAAGGAUCUACGGCUGGAUCACAAUUUUCUGGAGCACCUUGAGAGCCACUCCUUUGGCCAGUUUGAAAGCCUAGAGAAGCUGGACCUCAGUCACAACUGCCUUCAGGAUAUCCAUUUUACAACAUUCCAUGGCCUAAAACAGCUCAACCUUGCCUGUAACCAGCUUCAUGAGCUUCCAGCUGGUCUGUUAACCAUGCAAGACAGUCUGAACGUCCUCCUCCUGGGCCACAUUAUUUCCAGUAUCAAAGCAGAAGCCUUUAACCCCUUACACAGUCUUGGUUUUCUGGGCUUGGAGGCUAAUCAGCUGAGGAACCUAUUCAAGACAUUCCUGAACCUCCAGAUAUCCACUAUACACUUGCAGCUGUUGGAGAAUCCAUGGGUAUGUGAUUGUGAGCUGCACCGUGUUUUCAGCAAGAUCCUCCAUGUUCACCGCCUGUACAUAGAUGACUACUGGAAUAUAUGUCAUUCCCCACCUCUCUUGGCUGGGGCAUCCCUGGCUUUGAUGGACAGUCAUCUGUCCAUGGCAGAGACAGCUACAGUCAUUACAGCCACGGUAGUAAUGGUUACUGUAGUGUUUGCUAUAGUGAUGGCAGAACACAACCGGAGGAAGAGAAAGGAGAACCUUGGAACACAUGGCACAAAAUAAGAAAGACAACGUAGUGAAGUGGCAAAACGCAACGGCCUACUGAAUAGUGGAAGAAAUUUGCUGACUGUGAUGGUGUAAGCUAGGUUUAGAUAUUUCCCCUAUGUGUGUAAUGAGGAUUAUUAAUAUCUAUAUAUAAACUAUUUUAUAACAACUUUGGGUAAAGUGGUAAAUAGUGAUGCCCCAGUGUGUGAGAGAGAAAUACAGGGUUAGAUCAAACCAUUCUUAAAGUAUUUUGCUAGUUCAGCAAUAAAUCAUGCUUUAUGAGACAGGCCAUUGGUCUCAGAAAUGGUAACAAGAGCCUAGUUUAGGCAGCACAACUGGAGCCUUUGUUCAUGAGUCUUGGGCACAGUAGCAGUAGGAAAGCACAAACACAAACAAGGAUGCAGAUUUGUUUAAAUCAGCCAAUUCUAUACUGAGCAAGUCAACAUACGUUUUAUGUAUUUAUCAUUCCUUUAUUUAACAUGGCUGUCCCAUGGAGUGGAUGAUCUCAAGAGAUGUAAGCAUAUGGUUCAAUAAGGAUUUCUUUAUAAAAAAACAAAAAAACAAAACAGUAAUCUUGAAGCUCUAGAUCAAGCCUGCUGUCAUAGAAGAUUUUACAAUCAGUCAAGUAGUGUUUUUAUUGUCCAUCUAUCCCCAAUUACCAUUUUGCAUCAUUCUGACCACACUGGUUUGUAAAAGUUAGUCAUAUUUCAAAGGAUUAUUCAAAAAUAUAUAAUUAUGGGCCUCCAAAUAAACAAUUGUUGAUAGUCCCACUGGGUGGUGUUACUGGUUAAAAUUCAUUUCAUUAUUAAACCAAGAUUAUUGCAAAAUGUGGGAACAACCCAGCAAUUCUUUCUUCAGAGGAAAAUAAGAAGAAUUCUGAAGAAUAUCAUCACUUUUAACUGUACAUUGUAGACCAUAAUUUUAUACACCAAGCUGUGAUGAUUAAAAACCACCAUUAAAUAGAAAACCAUGACUGUUUAAUAGAUAAUGAUACAAUGAAAUGUUAUGUAUGGAAUGUGAGAUUAUAGUGGUCAACUAACAAAGGCAAUGCCUUAAGACUGUACAAGCUUGAUAGCUGGCAAAAAUAUUCCCCUUUUUAUCCCAAUACACAGCAUUAAAAACAGUAUAACAGCCUUUUAAACAGGCCCUAAUAUAUUUAACUAAGACUGGAUAUUGUUUUUACACAUGAAGUAAAAAAUUCUCCAUCUUUUGUUUUAAAUAAAGAAGCAAAAAUGUAAACAGACACUUGUUGAU